AUGAGAGCAUUCAUUCUUCUUGAAUUCCUGUUACAAGUCUUAUUUGUAUUGGGUUAUCCCGAAUCCAUCGGGAGCUUAGAAGGAUGUCAUGACUUGACUGGUCCGCAAUCGAACAACCCACAACAUCUCUACAAGCGCUUAACCUCGCCACCCAACCCGGUAGUUUGUCCAGAUGGCCACAAAUAUGAUUUGAACGAUUACAAUAAAAUGAUCACCGCUUUAGUCCAACGUAAAGUCAAAUGUGUUUACUACGCAAACAUGGGUAUGGCGGUGUUUGACCAGGAUGGAAAGCCGGCCACGUUUACGGACUCCGAUCCCUCAACCCUUGUAAAUUGGUAUGACGCUCAGAUCAGUAAGCAAUGUGAGGUCCAAAGGCCAGUUAAGCUUCAAAGCAAGCAAGCACCACUUGGCCCGGAUGACUUAUUGUCCAUCGGAACCGCGUUCUACAAAGACUAUCUCCCUGACAAGCAAGUCAUGACCUGUGAUGAAGAGGAUGAUGCUUACAUACGUAAUUACUUGGCUUCCUUCUGA